AUGGCGCAAAAAUCGGCAAAUUCGGCUGCCCCAGCAAAGCGAAAGUCGAUUUCGAGCGACAAACACGCCGACAGCAAUCGAGUGAAGAAGGCCAAGACAGAAAACGGCCCAAAGCACAAGAAGUUUGACGACACUGAAAUCGCACCGAACAGCGGUGCUGGUGACUUUUCUGAUGUCGAAGAUGGCCGCAAUCAGCAGAAGCCCAUGAAGAAUAUCAAGACAGGCGGCACGUCAAAGGAGAAUGACAAGACAACCGGAAAGCCAGCUGGAGUGAGUUCUCGCGAGGCGCAUGCACGGCAAAAACAACUCGAAAAGGAACGGAAGGCCGCAAAGCCUCUGGCAGAAGAGUUGGCGCGGACUAAGCAGCUGUGGGAAACACUUCGUCGGAAGUCUCAUGUGCCCAAGGAGCAGCGCCAGAAGCUCAUUGAAGAGCUUUACAGCAUCAUUACUGGGCGUAUCAAAGACUUCGUGCUGAAGCACGAUGCCGUGCGCGCAGUUCAGACAGCCAUUAAGUACGCGACGCCGACCCAGCGCAGACAGAUUGCCAAGGAACUUCAGGGCAGCUAUGCGCAGCUGGCGGAAAGCCGGUAUGCCAAGUUCCUUAUCGCCAAACUUCUUGUCCAGAACGAUGAGGAGAUCAGGGACAUGAUUAUUCCCGAGUUUUUCGGCAAGGUGCGGAAGCUUAUCAACCACCCGGAAGCUUCGUGGAUCCUGGAUGACAUCUACCGUACUGUUGCUACCAAGCAACAAAAGGCUCAGAUGCUGCGAGAAUGGUACGGGCCAGAGUUCGCAUUAUUUAAGCCUGAGAAGGGCGCCGAAGCCACGGCAGAUCUCUCCAAAAUUCUCGCCGAAGAGCCCAGCAAACGGGCACCUGUGCUGAAGUACCUGUUCGAUAUGACGAAUACUCUCAUCCAGAAGAAGAUGACCGGCUUCACCAUGCUUCACGAUGCCAUGCUGCAAUAUUUUCUCAAUCUUAAGCCGGAAAGCGAGGAACUGAAAGAGUUUGUGGAAGUCAUCAAGGGGGAUGAGGGCGGAGAUCUACUGAAGAAUCUCGCCUUCACUAAGUCUGGUGCUCGGCUUGUGUGCUUGCUUUUGGCCCACGGGAACGCCAAAGAUCGGAAGCAGAUCCUCAAGACAUACAAGGACACCUUCCAGCUCAUGUGCGGCGACCAAUAUGCCCACAUGGUUAUUCUGACAGCUUACGAUGUUAUUGAUGACACUGUUAUGACAGCGAAGACGAUCUUCCCAGAGCUGCUCGGGAGGAACGAAGAGAAGAAUCUCGAGAACAUUAUCUUCUUGGCCAACGACCUUACUGCACGCAUCACUGUAAUGUACCUGUUCGAAGGCCAGGCUAAGUCUCUGUUCCCGGCCAGCCAUGCCUACGACCUGGAGCUCUUGGCAGAGAUCCACGAGAUCCGCAAGAAGACAAGCAAAAAGGAUCCAGAGGUGCGGCGCAAGGAGCUCGUGGCAGCAGUAUCACCUCCAUUGCUGGCAGCAGUCGCCGCAUCGCCGAAAGACCUUGUGUCCACUGGCUUCGGCUGCCAAUUCGUUGCUGAUGUCUUGCUGGCCGCCACGGGCGAUAAGAAAGCAGCGAUGGAGGCUGUUGCGUCGACAGCCGCUGGCGACCCGAAUGCGCCGCCGCCGGAAGACGCCGAUCCUGUCAACCUCCCCUUGCCGCAUCUCUCCCUUACCACACAUGGCGGCAAGAUGCUCAAGACAUUGAUCGCCGGCGGGCGGUUUGACAAGGAGGCUGGGUGUGUCAAGCGAGUCGACCCUCCGCUUAACUUUGCCGAUAUCUUGUAUCCAGUCAUCAAGGAGCACAUUGUGAAGUGGGCAAUUGGGCCGAGCUCAUUUACUGUACUGGGCAUGCUGGAGGCACCCGACUUCUCCUUGAAAAAGGAGCUCAUCAAGACGUUAAAGGCUGAGAGGAAGACACUUGAGGCAGCUGCCAAUGGGGAACUAUCGAGCCAUGAAAUCAAGUGUGAGAACAAGCCCGACGGCAAAAAGAAGAACAAAGCCAAGGCAAACGGAUCUGAGGGCAAACCAAUUGGUAACCGGGGUUCAAAGUUGAUCCUCGAGAAACUGGGCGAUUAG